CCUGUUCUGAGUUUUCUGAGCUCUGCGUCUUUCGUCUCCAAGAUACGACAUUUCUUUCCUUUCUCAUCCCGUUCUCAUUACUGUUACUAAAAGUAAACGAGAGAAAGCUCGCUGGCUCUCCCUACCAUGGAGUCCUUCAGCCUCCUCAAGUACUGGAGAGGAGGCGGCGGAGCUGCGGCGGUGUCCACCAUCCGCGCCGCCGCCGCCGCCAUUUCCCCUCCGCCGGAGACCCUCGACGAAAACUCCGAGGACGAUGGGUCUUUUUUCGAUCUAGAGUUUCCGGAUGCCCACAAUGGAGUGGAAGACGGAGAGAACCAGGACGAAGAUGAGAAGGAUCAUUUCAGCUUCACGAUGACUUCUUCUUCCGAUGAGAGCGAGUUCCAAUCUGAUCGGAAACUUCCCCUUUCACCCUCCGAUGAUCUCUUCUUCAAGGGAAGGCUUAUUGGCUCGACUGAGAGCGAUCUUAAGCCGCAGAUCACCGUCUCCUUCCUCAAACCAGCCACGAGAUUGCGCGUUCUCAUGCUACGGCUUCGGAAACCCAAAUCUCAUUCACCGGAGCUUAUUUCCACAGCUGAUGCGCCGUCUCCGAAGCAGAACCCUCAUUUGAGCAAGUUCUUUAUCAAGUUCAAAGUGGAUGAAGUUCCGAUCGCGUCCCUCUUCUCUCGAGAAAGCAGUUCCAGAAACCCCAUCGCCGGCUCGCAAUCCUCGCCGGAAGAAAGAUCGGUUAGUUCGAAGGAAGGUGUUCAGAAGUACCUUAGCAAGAUCAAGCCUCUUUAUGUUAGAGUCUCGAAGAGAUACUCUGAUAAGCUGAGAUUCUCGGCGACGGAGCCUUGGGAAGGAGAAGAAAAGGAAGCUGAGGUGAGUUUGAAAAUAGGGAAGAAGAGGCAGAAACCAGCAGUUUCUUCCCGGAUAAAGGUGGUGUACAAACAUUUGAGGAAGAGCAAGUCGGUGCCGCCGUCCACCCUCACCUCGCCGGCGUCGAUUCCUCUCCAACGGCGGGAUGACUCUUUCUUAGAGCAGCAGGAUGGGAUCCAAAGCGCCAUCGCACACUGUAAACGAUCACUCACAACUGUUUCCAACAGCAUGGUUGCUUGAUUCACUAAAAAAUUUCUAUGUAUCCUCUCAUAUUAUUAGACAGAAAUGCUAUUAUGGAUGAAAUUUCAUCACUUUCGACCAAAAGUUUUGAUGGAAGCGAUCCCUUAGUAUGUAAACAUUAUUAAAAAGUUGACAUUUUUUUCUUAAUAUGAAUCGAUUUCUUCGAUCGAUUCCGUUUGAUCAAUAGUGACAAGCUUUUAUCUUCCAGUUUCAAAAUCUUUUUGUCUGCGUUCACAGAGCGAUCGAAAGGAGCGUUUCAGAGCUCACUGCAUUUAGCUGUUGGGAAAUAGGCAUCGGAUGGCGACAAAGACCGGUCUUUUUCACGUCUUUUUCUUAAAGAACCCUACUUUCUUCUACCUUCGGGCUAUAUGAAAAUAAAAAAGAGAUAGCGAGACAAGGUCUUUAAAGCUUUCAGCUGCUGCCGGCCGGCUUUGGCAGCUAUUAUGGUUGUUUUCUUCUCUAUUUAUCUCUUUCUUUGCGGUGUAAUGGAAAGGAUAAUGACUUGAAUUAUAAUAUUGGAUUGAGCUCUGUUAAAAUUGUUAAUUGAUCGCCGGAAUAUCAAGAACAAGCAUCGCCGGAAGCUGGAACUGCUUCGCCGGCGGUGGAGAAGCAGUUAUUUACUGGGUUUGUUGUGAUUUACUGCGCUGCAGCUGCUUUGCUUUGCGGUUACUCUCGUGCAGAGCAGCGGUUGACU